AUGGUGGUGAAGAGUAAAGUGGUGUCCGAGCAUUUAGGAGACCUCGGCAGCACCUUUGGUGUCUUAAGGAAGCAUAAGCUACGCCUAAAUGCUUCCAAAUGCUCAUUUGGCAUGGGAUCAGGCAAGUUUCUGGGCUACAUGGUUACUCAUAGGGGAAUUGAGGUUAACCCCAACCAGAUCAAGACUAUAAAUGAUCUAAAACCACCGCAAAACACCAAGGAGGUUCAAAAGCUUACUGGGAUGGUCGUAGCCCUAAAUCGAUUCAUUUCUAGGUCGGCGGAUAGAUGUAGACCGUUCUUUCUCUUGAUCAACAAGUGGAAAGGGUUUGAGUGGUCCGAGGACUAUAUUGUGGUCUUCCAAAAACUCAAGGAAUACCUAUCUCGGCCACCUAUCAUGUCCAGUCUUGAGACUGAUGAAGUCCUAUAUGCAUAUAUUGCUAUGGCCCCUCAUGCUGCCAUACUAGCAUUGGUCCAUACUACGCGAAAGCUUCCCCAUUAUUUCCAAGCCCACACAGUGGUUGUUCUAACCCAACUACCCUUGAAGUCCGUAUUUCGAACCGCUGAUUACACUGGAAGGAUUGCCAUAUGGAGCACAAUCCUAGGAGCUUUUGAGAUCAAGUACCUGUCUCGGACCGCCAUAAAUGGCCAGGUCCUAGUUGAGUUGGUGGCCGAAUUUGUUGAAUCACCAGUAAAAACUGUAGCAGAGGAGUACAACAUGGAUGAGAAAUCGGUUGGGGUAAUCUUUACGCUAGGACCCCCAUGUUGGAAGGUGUACGUUGAUGGCGCAUCAAAUCAAAGGGGAUCCAAAGUGGGGCUAGUCCUAAUAUCCCCUAAGAAUACUAUCAUAAAGAAAUCCCUGAGACUUGGGUUCUCGGCCACGAAUAACGAAACCGAGUAUGAGGCCUUGUUGCAAGGAAUGGCCAUGGUGCAGAAAAUGGGAGGAAAAGCAGUGGAGAUGUUCUCGGACUCGAGACUAGUAGUGGGCCAGGUAAAGGGAGAGUUAGAAGCCAGAGACACAAGGAUGCAAGAGUACUUAAGUCAGGUCAAACGCUUGCAGUUAGACUUCAAUCUUUUGAGCUUGUCACACGUCUCUAGAAGUGGAAACACUCAUGCAGAUUCAUUGGCCACGCUUGCUACCUCCUCGGCAGGGGGUUUGCCUCUAAUUGUUCUUGUCAAGCAUCUAGAUAGAGCAAAUGAAGUAGCAAAGGGCAUGGUCCAUAUCCAUGAGGUUAGAGUGGGUCCUAGCUGGAUGGACCCUAUAGUGAGGUUCCUUAAAGAUUAUGUCCUGCCCGAGGAGAAAUCAGAAGCUGAAAAAAUACGAAGAAACGCCCCUAGGUUCUGGUUGUCCGAGGAUCACAAAUUGUAUAAGUGCUCCUAUUCUGGGCCAUAUUUACUGUGUAUUCACCCAGAAGCAUCGGAGUUGCUGCUUGAAGAGCUGCACGAAUGGAUUUGUAGGAGUCACACAGGAGGAAGAUCUCUGUCGCACCGAGCCAUUACCCAGGGAUAUUAG